GGGCGGGAGCCCAGCGAGGGCGCUGGCGGCUUCUUCCGUCUCAGGCCCGCUUCGACGCCUGGACGCUCGCCAUGCCGAACCGCAGGGCCAGCCGCAAUGCCUACUACUUCUUCGUGCAGGAGAAGAUUCCCGAACUGCGCAGGCGAGGCCUGCCUGUGGCCCGUGUGGCGGACGCCAUCCCCUACUGCUCAGCGGACUGGGCGCUCCUGAGGGAGGAAGAGAAGGAGAAGUACACAGAAAUGGCUCGGGAGUGGAGAGCCGCCCAGGGAAAGGACUCCGGGCCUUCCGAGAAGCAGAAACUUGUUUCCACACCACUAAGGAGGCCAGGCAUGCUCGUACCAAAGCAGAGUGUUUCACCCCCAGAUAUGUCAAGUUUGUCUCUAAAAAGUGAUUAAGCUCUCCUUGGAGGCAUUUUCUACUUUUUGAACAUUUUUAGCCASGGCGAGCUGCCACCUCAUUGUGAACAGCGCUUCCUCCCCUGUGAAAUUGGCUGUGUUAAAUACUCCCUCCAGGAGGGUAUCAUGGCUGAUUUCCACAGUUUCAUAAGUCCUGGAGAAAUUCCACGAGGAUUUCGAUUUCAUUGUCAGGCUGCAAGUGAUUCUAGUCACAAGAUUCCUAUUUCAAACUUUGAAUUGGGGCAUGACCAAGCAACUGUAUUACAAAACCUGUAUAGAUUUAUUCAUCCAAACCCAGGGAACUGGCCACCUAUCUACUGCAAG